UCCCCUCUCGCGGGUCUUCUUCUAUACCAUGAGCUCGGGCUCUGCCCAGGAUGUGGCAGUCGAGCAUUUCCUGCGUGACAUAGAGAGGCGAAGCAAGCGGCUGCACUGCGCUGUGAUUGGCUGCGAGGAGGAGCGACCCCGCAGCGACAUGAACCUGCUGUAUCGUAAGAGCCGUCUGGACUGGAGGCAGAGGGACCAAGAAGGAAGUAAAAAGAGUUCCAACCAAAGCGACCCUUCAGCCACCGUUGGCAAAGUCAGAGAUUUGGCGUCUUUCCGCCGCCACUUCCGGAUGGGUUUCAUGACGAUGCCGGCGUCCCAGGACCUGUCCCCUCACUCGUGUGCCUCCGCCAUGGCCCCGCGCUCACAGUCCUGCCACGCUGUAGGGGCCGGGGAUAGUCUGGAGAACGGAGAUGACUCUGACACCCAGUCCCAACAUGGCGGACGCUGCCCCCCCACCAAACCCAAGCGUCACCCCAGCACUCGCCUCAGCACCUCGUCCAGCGACGGCAGAGGACUCGGUGACACGCCGCCCCCCUCGUCCUCUCACUCACACAAACACUCAGAGAAGAAGAAUUCCAUGAAGAAAUCUGACUCUGGAGACAUGGGAGGAAAGAAGGUGCCUCCUUUAAAACCCAAGAGAAGUCCCAGCACCCAGCUCACCUUCGACUCUCUUCCUCCACGUGUGCCUCAUUCUGCCGCAUCCUUACCUUUCCAGGCAGACUCUCAGAUCCAGCCUGGAGACGGGGAUGAUGAGCCGGUGUAUAUCGAGAUGGUGGGCCAGGUGUUCACCAGAGAAAGCCAGACGGCCACCCCCCACCCUGUCACCCCGGUGGCCACCACUCCUGACUCUGACUCGGACCAGAGUGAGGCCAUUUAUGAGGAGAUGAAAUACCCCCAGCACGAGGACAGAGCCUCCCACAGACACCCCUCGUCCAAACAUGAGAAAAUGAAAAGCUCUAAACACUUCCAUGUCACCCCUUCCUCCUCCAGCAGCUCCUCCUCUCUGCCACGCCCUUCCUCUUCCUCUCCUUCCUACUCCAAACCCAAAGCCACCGUGUCCAUCUCCCAUUCGUCCCCUCUUCCCUCCUCUGCGUCCUCCACCCCCGUCCCCCAGGUCCUCUCCACCAGUCCUCACACUCCUCGAGCUCCCACUCCCUACCUGCUGCAAGGGAGUAAAUCCGACAGCGAGUCCAACACAAAGAUCCCGGCCCCUUUCCCAAAUCUCCUCCAGCACCGGCCCCCGCUGCUUGCCUUCCCUCAGCCAGCGGCAGCCUCAAGUGGUGUUGGGGUGCAACACAAAUCGUCCUCUGCUAAAAUGGGAACUCAAACAUCCAGCGUGACGACCCAAGCCAGCUCCUCCUCGACUUCUUCUAUCGUUCCCUCGUCGGGCUCCAAGGAGUCGUCGGGAAGAAGUGAAUCGCAGCAGGACAAACACAGCAAGGACUCUCAGCUGGGACCGGCCCCCGGACUGAGAGCCAGGAGUCACUCCACACCCCUGCCUCCCUCCUCCAAGUCCACCUCCCCUUUCUCCCAUCACCACCACCACCCUCACCAUCGCCCUUCGCACUACCAUCACUAUCGCAAACCAGAGAGAGGAGAUUCCCCCGCUCCGCUGAAGGGCAGCUCUCAGAGCCAGUCCACGGUCCAGACCCAGACCUCGAGUACAGGAAGGGAAGGCAAGUCUGUGAGCUUCCUGUUGAAAUCUGACAAAGAAGGGAGGGACAAGGAUAGGGAUAGGGAUAGGGAUAGAGACAAAGAUAGGGAUAGGGAUAGAGACCGAGACAAGGAUAGGGACAGGGAUCGAGAUAGAGAUAGGGGUAGGGACAGGGACAGGGAAAGAGACAAGGAGAAAGACAGAGAUAGGGAUAAGGACAGAGAAAGAGAUAGAGACAGGGAUCGGGUUAGGGACAGGGAUCGGGAUAGAGACAGGGAUCGGGAUAGAGACAGGGAUCGGGAUAGGGAUGGAGGCCCAUAUUCCUUACCGAUGGACCACACGAUCUCCACGUCUCAUAGCAGCUCCAGCUCCACCCCAAAGCCUCUGUCCUCGUCCAAGCGUCCUCACUCUCGCCCCCAUCUUCGCUCUCACACUCCUCACGGCCUGCCAGCGUACAAGCCCCCCUCCUCAGACAGCCCUCUGCUGUGGACCUACCCCUCUGGUGGUUUCCGGAGACCACCGGCGUACGAGAGCCUGAGAGGAAGUUCUCACACGCCGUCUCUCCAUCAGCCCUCCAGCCUCGAGGGGGCGUUCAAGAGCAACGGAGGCUCUUCGUCCCUCCAUUCGAAGGUUGGCUUCAUGCCCUGGGACAGCAGUGCCAGCUUAGCAGCAGAUGAGGAAUCGUACUGGCCUAUGCAGAGGAAAUUGUCCUUCAGCCAUGGGAGCAGAGAGACAGAGAAGGAUGAAGGUCGUGCGUGGAAUGGCAGCGCUGAUGCCCUCUUACGGAUGGAUAAAGAGGACAUGUGCAUAGGGUCUCGAGGAGGACACUCGGGCAUCCCAGUGCACUUCAGCUCCAGCAGGGCGCACGCUCACAGCGAGUCUUUGGCUGGCAUGGACAGCAGCUCGGGGUUCAGAGCGCUGCCCAGACUCGGCCUGCCUCUUCCCUGCCAGACUUUUCCUGCCUGUCGCAAUGGAGAAGUGGGGCGGCUGGGCCGCUCCUCCUCUUCUGCUGGAGUGAGACAGGUGGGUGGAGGAGACGUCCAGAGACAGAGCAGCCUACCAGCUCGAGAAGCCCUGAAUCAGCUCCACGGUCUGGCCCAGCCUCAAGUGCCCUGCAGUCCGGGCGUGUCUCGGCAGCAGCAGCAGCUCCAGCUCCACCAGCAGCAGCUGCAGUUGAAGCAGAAGCUCCAGCAGCUCCAGCAGCAGCACCACCUUCAGCUGCAGUUCCAGCAGCUCGCCCAGCUGGCUCAGGGACACCCUCCUGUGGGCGGGGGCUCCUCCACCUCCGCCUCGCAGAGCCAGAGAGACGGCAAGCUGCUGGAAGUCAUUGAGCGUAAACGCUGCCUGUGCAAAGAGAUCAAGGCCCACAGGCGCCCUGACAAAAGCCUGUGCAAGCAGGACAGCAUGCCCAUCCUCCCUAGCUGGAGACGGACACCUGAGCCCCGUAAGACUGGCACGCCGCCCUGCCAGAGGCCGCAGGCCGUAGUUUGGGACACAGCGAUCUGAGGGGGAUAGACAGGGCUGCUAGUACAGCUCUAAAGAGACUCAACACACACAUGAGGUGAAGAUGAGGAGCAGUUCAUAAGAACGGAGAGUCAAAUGGGUUUAGGAUCAAGAUCAUUCUUGCUUUUAUUGUGAGAUAAACUGAACAGUAACGUAGAUUACUGGAAACUAUGAACUCAUUUGGGGGGGGGAGAGGCUGAUCAAAGAGGUGAGGAAAUGAAGUAUUACAAUCAGACUAAAUGAAUCUCUUACCCGGGUGAUUUGUACUUGCUCUGUGUCCUUGAUGUGUUCUAAUUGCCAAUGCUUUGUUGCCACAAAACGCCAGUGUUAUUGCCACAAAAUGAAGACGCCAAUUCAAUAAUGGUUGGGUUGUUUUCUUAGAUUGGUGUUGCCAAAUUUCCUGCUGACUACUUGAGACAUAAAUGAAUAAUAUAUUUUCUCCAACACACAGUUGUCCAAACUUGCAUAGAAACUGCUCUGUGGGCGAGAAAAGGCAAGACUCAUUGACAAGUUGUUGAAGUGUUUCUUGAAGUCGUGAAUGCAUAUGAGAUGUAUUGGUAUCAAUAGAUUGUCAUUGUGGAUGCAAAUAAUCAUCACGAGGAGUAAAAGCUACCUACUGUAUCUGUUUGCAUAUUUGUAAUGUAAAUCUAUUUACUUUCUCAACGUUUCUGCAAUUUUAUAGCAAUAUGCUCCAGAUGCCGGAGCAACAUAAUUAAAAACUUGUCAACUAGCCUAACAUACAUAUCUAAAGACUUGAAAAGUCAU